AAAACAGAAAAGAAGCAACAAGGAGGAGAGACUGAGCAAACUUUUCCCACCCUCCAUCCAGAUUUUUUAAUUUCUUUAUAUUUCUUGAGUGCAUAGGCAACUCUCUGGAUUCGUGUUACAUUUACCAGCAAAAUUAUAUUCUCAGAAUCUUGAACUUUAAAUGAAGAUCAUUUUAAAUGCUGGUAUUUUGGGCCUGACUUGGUCAAAUCUGCAAAUCUUUUUCUUUUCUGGAACUUAUGAAUGGGGAUUUUCGCCUGAAAGCCCAGUGAGGUCUUUUGAUGUAGCUGUUUUUGUUGCCAAUAGACGAGGAGCUCAAUAUCAAAGACCACUGUUGUCCACAGCUACCACAAAUUGACACUUCUGUUGACAAAGCAGGGCUAAAACCACAAACCACAAUGUACGUAAAGGCUAGCAAACAUAUUCACCACAAACGAUCAAACCUGGUAUAUUUUUUUCCUUCUUCUUUUGCAAAUCAUUUUGGUCAUUUAAAAUUGAAUAAAAAUUAAAUGUACUCUACAUAAAUUCCACCCCCCAACUCUCGCAACCUCACCCAAAUGCUGUCCCAAUAUACUAACACAGCCUCAUGUACUUUCACACACACAGUUUCCUAUUUAGUUUUACAGAGAAAAAAAUUCACGACAGCAGUUUUUUUUUUUCUUCUGAUUUUCCGACCACACUUGCAAAACCACAAGCUAUUGUGCAUGCAAGAUAUAAAUUCGAGAUACAGCAUCUCUGCAGUUUUACGAUAGUAAAGUGAUACUGUACUGUAGAAAAAGAAAUUUGGGCGAGUGCUGAUAGUUGCAUCCUCACCGUGAAAAUGCAAAUAUAAUGAAGAAUCAAAGUAAAACAAAAAAAAAUAUGUAGGUUUUGCUGACUGAACAUCUGGUCUUAACAACAACAACAACAAUCUGCUUUGGUAACCAAACUGGAACGUCCUCCUUUUGGUUCAUUUUGAUCAAAUGUUAUGCUAAGUUUAGAUGAUAUGAUGAAAUUAUAUUCUUACUCCCCAAAAUGGCAUUGAGGCAAUCUGCUUCAAAAUGAGGUUACAUUGUUUCCUGUUUGUAACUGAAAAGCAGCAAGUUUUCAAAGCGCUGUGAAAGCAGAGAGGGAGCAGAGGCGGGGUAAAAAUAGACAGUGUAGUACAAGACGGAGCGCAGUGAUGCCCCAUAGAAUGAGGAAAACGGAGACAACGAGACAACUAGCUUAGUUAAGGACAAUGGAAGGAAUAACAGUAGCCCUGAUACUCGUGUCUCUGGCCUUGCUAAUCUCUGUGUGUCUGAAUAUCAUCUUCUGCUUAAGACAAAGACACAUUUCAUGUAAAGAACCACAUAACUGCUGCCAACCACACAGUUCGGAAGAAGAAACCCUAUCACAAAUCGAAGGGCAAUAUUUUGGUAACGUCAGACAUCAAGAGGAGCAGGAAAAUCCCCACAAUCACCAUGAGCGACAGGAAAAUCCAAUCUAUGGCAACAUCAGCACAGAAAGACGUGGUUCUUCAGAGGUUUGCUACGAGACGAUGUCCAUCCAGCGCACUAGAGAUCGUCUUAAGCCUCCAGAGUCCGACCUGAAUUACGCCUCACUGGAUCUGAAGAUCGCAAAGAAUCGCAAGAAAAACAGACACAUGCAAGGCCAGGCACAAGGACGCCACAAGAAACACGAUCCGCUGGCGGAGCACCCGACGUCUCCCUUGAACGCCUUCUUAGAGGUGGACACGGAAGUGGACGCUCACCUGCCAUCCAGAGACACCAGUGUCAUGGUCUCACACAGCAGCAUCUAUCUCAACAGUCAACAGAUAGCCCAGGAGGCAGAGGAGAUGGAAAGAGAGAGAGGCAUCAGCAUGGACAAGGACAAUGUGGGAUGGGAUGGCUUACGAGAGAGCGAGGAAGGACGGAGAAGAGAUUGGGGUGAAGAUCGAGAAAGUGAGGACAGAAAAGAUAAUUGUGAUGAUCGCAAUGGGAAUAUAUGUAUCGAGCUUUUAGAGGUAGAAAAUACUCAGAGCUGCUCAAAUCAAGUCACUGACAGCUUUGACCAUGAUUGUGUCUAACUAUAUAUUUAAGUAUUAUAUUACUUUUCUCAAACUUUUCAACUUGUACUCUAGAAAAAUUUUAAAUUAUUUUCAUAUUUUCAGAGCAAAAACUGUAACUAUCAUCUUCAGUUUUCUCCACGCUUCGCUGAGUUGAGAAAUUUCCUCCUUGACACAGACAAUCUACCUCUUAAAGUCUCCAUAUUGAGCAACAGGAACAUACUAUGCUUUCUCUGUAAUAAACUACUUUAAAAAAA